AUGGUGAUAACUCGUUCACAACAUCGUCAACUAUUUGUACAAGAAGUACAACGUUUAUCUCUCAUCGAAAUGGAACCUGCUGAUAUUUCAACUUCUCGUUCAACUAUUCAUCGUCCUGUAUUUACUUCUAGUAUGGAAGAACAAUUUAUGAGCACAUUAGCUAAAGAACAAGUUAAAACGCUUACCAAAUUCAGUGGUUCUGAUUCAGAAGAUGUUAUUUUGUGGCUUAAAAAUGUUGAAGAAGUUUUUGAUCGCGCCCUUAUACAACCUUCCAAUAAGUAUUUAGCUAUUCAAUCGUAUUUGACUGAUGCUGCUCUUAAAUGGUUCCGUUUUAACAAGUCAAACAUUCCUGAUUGGUCAUCAUUUACAAUUGCCAUCGUUAAAGCUUAUCAACCAUCCCUUCAUCAAACAUUACUGAAGAUGGAACAACGUCAUCAAUUACCUGGUGAAUCUGUAAUGGAAUAUUAUUAUGAUAAGCUUCAGUUAUGUACACAAGCUGAUCCCAAUAUGAGUUCAGCUAUGGUUAUUCAUUAUUUAACCAAAGGCCUGAGUGAUUUACUAUUACCUCAUGUUAUUCGUCGACACCCAGGAACACCUAAUGGCUUUCUUAAUAUUGCUCAAGAUGAAGAAAGAAUUUUAUUUACAUUAAAUGGUUUAUCUUAUGCUUCAACAAAUGAACCUGGUCAUUAUUUAAAUGAAGAUAUUCAAAUGGACCGUCUGGUAAACGUUGUUAAACAUCCAAUUAAUGUACACGAUCGCUCCUUUAAUCAACAACAUCAUCAAACACUUCCUCCACCACUUAUGAAUUUAUCAACGACUCCAUGGCCGUCCUCCGUUCGUCGUCCUUAUUCUCAUCAUCGUCUCUCAACAUCUACAUCACGUCAAUGUUAUGCAUGUUCUGAGUUUGGACAUAUUGCUCAAUAUUGUCCUCAUCAAAAAAACAUCUAA